AUCCCCUUACGUCGUGUUCAUAUUCUUCAAUCAGCCUAAAUUGAAAUAUGAGUUUUCUGGAUUCUUUCUUAUCAUGUAAUCGAUGCGCAUUAUUAAACCAUCGAUCGUCUGCCGGCUAUUAGCCAAUCGGAGCUCAGAAGAGGUCGUGAAUGUGAGAAUUCAGAAAUCUAUUUCGCCGCGUAGAACUCAUUAGACCAUUCGGAUUAUACAGUAGAUCAGAUCCACCAAGGACUUCUGCUGCGGUGGUGAGCUGGAUACGGGGCUGGAUAUAGGCAGGCAGAAGAACAUACAGAUAAUAGUAAUAAUAGUAUAUACAGAUCGAUUUCCGUCAUAGUGAAUCCAUCUCACGUAAAACUUCGUUAUGGAUAACUCAGGUAAAGAUGAACACCGUCCAAUACUUGAUGGAAAUGAGAUGAAAUCGAUUCCCGGUGGAUCGUCGUUUGGGCCGAGCGAUGGACAGGUGCGCCAAGAUGCAGGUGGACCCGUUGAUGACAGUGAUAUGGACGAAGAGCCAGCCAGUGAUCUAAGCAUUGUAGGCGGAAUGCUAUACAUCCUAGGGGCUACUGCAGGAAGCGGUAUGAUAGCAGCCCCAAAAGCAACGGUGGGAGCAGGCCUAUUGGGCUUGGUUUCUCUGCCAUUGAUAGUUCUAAUUGCAAUUUUCACGGCCAUCGCUUUGGCAAGAUGUUGGCUUAUUACAACCAAAGUAAACUCAGCGUACCAAGGUGAGGUGAGGUAUCCACUGGCAGCUAUAGCAUAUAUGGCAUUUGGACAUCCAGGAAAAGUAUUCACAAGCGCCAUGAUGGGCGUGGCGUUAUUCUGCUAUAGUGUUGUCAAUCUUCUUGCUGCUUCCAGUACCUUUGAAGCAAUGACCAAGGACUGGUUACCUAUGCCGCUUUGUGGUUGGCUUAUUAUUGUGGCGGCUGUAGUGUGUCCGAUCACGUGGUUCCGAACACCUAGAGAGUCUCUACCCGUAGCUGUGACAGCGUUUUUUGUAAGCUUGACGGCGGCCACUAUAAUGUUCAUCGUCAUCUUAACCGACACAAGUGCACCAAAGCACGUUGAAUAUCCUAAGAUUACAUUUGUGUCACUUUGUAAUGCAUGGUCCACGUAUUCUUAUACCGUGGCCGGACACCCAUACUUCACGACCAUACAGAAUGCGAUGAAACGGCAGUCGGCGUUCAAAGUCAGUGUUGCGUUAGCACUACUGGGUUCACUAUGCUUAUACGAGAUGACGAUUAUGCCAAGUUUUUUCAUCUACGGGGGCUCCAUCUAUGGUACAGCGGACAACCUACUCUACUAUCUACCUUAUAACGCCGGGCAAGUGAUUGCCGGACUACUACUAGCCAUCCAUUUUGGAACAGUGAUGGUCAACGUUUAA